AUGGGUGAUUUUAUCGAUUUGGUCGAAAAUGGGGAAUCUUUAACCCCUCUCACUCGUGUUUAUAUUCCAAGAGAUCAACUUGGUACAGGGAAUCAGUUACUAAAUGAUUACUUUAUAGAAAACGCAAAGUACCCGCCACACUUCUUUAAGCGGCGUUUUCGAAUGCGAAAAGAGCUGUUCAUGCGUAUAGCUAACGAUAUCGUUUCUUUCUCCCCAGUCGGUGAUGAGCCUGUUCCUCGUCAUUUUGUUGAGUUUCGAAACCAGCGUGUAGAUGCAAGAGGUAAACUCGGUUUUUCUACAAUUCAAAUGUGUACUUCGGCUAUACGUCAGUCGGCGUAUGGCAACGUGGCCGAUUCACUUGAUGAGUAUCUACAAAUGGGUGAAGAAAUUUCCAAAAACGCGCUUGAUGCUUUUUGUAAGUGUGUCUUUGACCUUUACAGAGAAGAGGACUUACGAAGACCAACAACAAAUGAUAUACAACGUCUUUACCAGAAACACGCACAACUUCACGGUUUUCCAGGGAUGCUUGGGAGCAUCGACUGUAUGCAUUGGCCUUGGAAAAGGUGUCCAAAAGCAUGGCAAUGCCAGUUCACUCAAGGUGAUAAAGGGGUACCAACCAUCAUGCUUGAAGCGGCUGCAUUGUACGAUUUAUGGAUUUGGCAUGCGUUUUUUGGAACGGCAGGUUCGACCAAUGACAUAAGGGGUACUAUCAUUGAGGAUACGGCUCCGAGUACUUCAUUUAUGGUUAACGGAACCGAUUACCAGAAGGGGUACUAUCUAGCCGACGGUAUUUAUCCUGAGUGGUCGACAUUCGUUAAGGCUUUUUCAUGCCCACAAGACCCGAAAAAGAAAAAAUUCAAGAAGGAUCAAGAAAGUGCGCGAAAAAAUGUGGAACGAGCAUUUGGAGUUCUCCAAGGUCGUUGGGCGAUCAUUACACACCCCAUAAGGUUGUUUAGUGUCAAUAAGAUUCGUCGAACCAUGUAUGCUUGUGUUAUAUUGCAUAACAUGAUCGUUGAGGAUUCGGGUCAUGCAAUAACCUCCUAUAAUAUAGAAAUCCUAGCAGAGCCACCCCGUGUACCUGUUCGUACCUUUCGAGAGAGGAUGACGGUCCACGCACGGACCAAUCACCAUGGUCUUCGUCACGAUCUUGUCAAGCAUAUUUGGCGUCUCUCGUGA